AGGUGAGUGUGUGACAGUUGAGUGUUGGUGUUGUGUUGUCUCACACUGUUUCUCAUGUUUCUCUUGCUCUCAUUUAUUCCAUCAUUGACUGGAUGAACAUCAUUAUGAGCAGGACUUUGGGAAUCGGUUGCAGUUGGUACCUGUGAAGAGAGGAGUGGUGAAGCUGGUAGGAAAAGAUGGAAGUGGAAAGUCAAAUCUGAAGAGAUCUUUGAAACGGGAGAGGUUUAAUCCUAAGCAUACAAGCACAGAAGCAAUAGAAAUAGAGGUGUUGCACCAAGAUGAUGACAGCAAGGCAUGGAUUCCAAUCAAGGAAGGUCAGGUUCGACGAAUGGUUGCAAAUGUCUUGGAAAAUACAGGAAGUAAGUCAAAUUGUGGAGGAAGGAAAUUGCAGCGAUAUGAGUACGCAACACUGAGCAAACAGGUCAGAAGCAUGAUGCAAAAAUACAGCGACAUUCAUGUAGCUCUACCCAGAGUAAUAAUUCAUGUGUGUGACCACGGUGGACAAGAAAACUUGUUUUCAAGCUUGGCUCCAUUUGUGGCUUCCAAUUCUGUCUAUCUCAUGGUAUAUGAUGUGUCAAUACCACUGGAAGCUGAAGCUCAGUCAUCAGUUCGACUCAAUGUUGAAGGUGAUUAUCAGCACUUGGAAGUGAAGCUUCAUCACAUGAAAUACAACAAGGACUGGAUCAAUCAUCACUUGUCUGCCAUCAGUGUCAGUUCUGUGUCCAAACAUCAUCAAUUAGCAGAUGAGAGUAGGAGUGAAACUGAAGAGAAACUUACAAAUGUCAGCAACACAGAGUCCACUGGAAAUGCUGUAGUAAAGAGUAGUACUCAAGGCAUUGGAUCAGUAUUUGAGUGUGUGUCUCCACCUGCUAUCUUUGCAGCCAGUCAUGCUGAUAAAAUUGUUGGUAAAGAAGAAGAAGUGAUGAGAAAACAAGAUGCAGUUCUCAACAGAAUGUUACGUGACAAGCCAUACACAGGUCAUGUUUACCGUCGGCCACCAGAAAGCCAGUCAUCAUUGUUUAAGUCAGAGUUGUGUUUCUGUAUCGACAAUACAAAGUCACAUUCACCAUCACGGCUAUCCAGAAUAUUCCGAAGGAAAGAAGAUCCUGAAUUAGUUGCACUACGAAAGUUGAUAAUAUCUAAGGUAGAGCAACAUUGUACACAAGAACUGAUUCCAGUCAACUGGUUACUGAUUGAAGAUAAGGUGUAUGAAAUAAGAGACAAGUCACAUGACAAGAUCAUUCCGUUUGAAAAGUUGGUAGAAGUAGGUGUAGAGCAAUGUUCAAUAAAGUCGUCCAGUGAGGUGUCUGAUGCUCUCUCUCAUUUGCAUAACUUCUCUAUUGUGGUCUACUUUUCAUCAUCUCCAAUUCUUCGACAUUAUGUAUUCAUUGAUGCUCAGUGGGUGUUCACGUCUCUCUCUCGUCUCUGUCCUUUGCAUUCUAAGGGUUUACCUGCUAAUCUUCAAAAGGACUUCGAUAUGCUUACCAAGAAAGGCAUCAUGUCGCAAGAGCUUGCCAAUUAUUUCUUCCGCGAUCUGAAAGAUGAAGAUCGCAGCAAAAUGCUAGAAGCGGCACAACUGCUCGAUAUUGUGUCAAAACAUCAAACGUCUGAGCAGGAUAUUGAGUACUUUGUCCCCAGUGCCCUGCGGGAAGAUUAUGAAGUUAAAAUUGAGGUGAAAAGCAGUAGUAAUGAUAUUGCAAGUCCUGCUCCUCUUGUGUUGAGGCCAGACAGCGUUGGCAUGUUCAUAGAGGCAUUGUUCUUUCGUCUCUUGAAUCGAUGUGUUCGUCAGUAUCCGUACAAGCCUUCAUUAUAUCGUAACUAUGCUAUUUUACACACAGAGAAUGCGUGUGACAUUAAAAUAUUCUAUACCUAUGAUUAUGUUCUUGUGGGGCUGAGACCAGAAGACUCAUUGUCAUAUGAAGACGUAAGGAAGAGCUGUGUCGAAGCCCGUCAAUUUAUCGUCGAGUCAGUGGACGAAGUGAAGCAGCAAGGAUUAUCGGGUUUCGAGUACUCUGUCUGUUUCCAACAUCUGACAUCGGGAGAAAAUAGCUUCCUGCCCGUCAACAGUGAUCGACUCGUGUCUUUAAAUGAUUACCCUAAAGAUAAACGUUUGCUUUAUACCAAUAAUUCAACAGCUUGUCUCACAGCUGAAGAGAAGAAGUCGAUAGACAUCUGGUUUUCUCCAAGAGGAUCUGAUCUUUCGAGUGAACCGAUGGCUUCAACAGCUGAGCGUCAGAAUGCAUCAACAGAUGGUGGAAAGCAACGUGCAAGUGAAUCUGCAUUAUUCACAGGCAAUGUCGAGAGAGAUUAUGAAUCGAUAACCAGAGCUGUUGUUCAUUUUGGCAGCAGCCAGUGGCAUGAAAUUGGCCUGGAGUUGGGAAUGAACGAAGAUCAGAUUAAGUCAGAAACUCAUGAUAAACCUCGCUACACUGGGAAACUACGCGCUCUGAUUGAAGCAAGAAGAGCGAAAGUAUCCAAACAGCAGACAAUAGAGGAUUUGUUGAAGGCUUGCCGACGGAUACCUCACCCUAUAUAUGAGGAUGUGAUACAGCAAUGGAAGAAAGGAUUGGGGCAGUAGCAGAUUAUUAACAAGGAGCCGAAGAUGGAUGGGAAACAUUAUCCAAUACUACUGACUUGCACCUCCUACUAGACGACUAGAUAUCUAUAGUGUAUCCUAGUGGACAUUGUGUAUGUAUUCAUUCACAUUGUGCUAAUGGAAUAGCAGCAAAGACGCUUUUCAAUAUUAA